AACUUGUCAGAAAAAAGAAAAAAGAGAACCAUGACUCUGACUAUCACACCUCUCUCUCUCUAACUAGUGGCACCAAAUUAGACAAAACCAAAUUCAUCACAAAAUUUCCAUCUUGUGUUUGACACUGAUACUUUUCAGACUCAUACAUGCACACAUAAAAACUUUUCUAGUACAUUUCUCAAACCAACAACCUCAAACUCUCAGAAAUCUUAACCACUAACUGCUACCAUGAAACUGUCACAUGCAUUGGUGCGGAAACCAUUCACUUCAACAUCAUCAAUGUUAAUUCAGUGUCAAAAUUCUUUCUUGAGUUCUUAUGGCAAAAGGGUCUCUUUGUUGGGGUAUAAAAGUUAUAGAUUUUCAGAUUUUGUUUGUAGUAGUAGUUCAGGAGCUUCUGUUUCUUCAUCUGCGACGAAUCCUGCGUCGCCACUUGUUGCUUCCAAUUCUGGUUUUGAUUCUGUUGUAUCUCAUCAGGAGAUGCCAGGGAAGUUGGAAGGCAUAGAAGAGGGAAUUGAGAGGAUGAUUUAUAGAUGCCGGUUUCUUGCUAUUCUUGGAGUUUUUGGUUCUUUAAUUGGAUCAUUUCUAUGCUUCAUCAAGGGCUCUUCAUUUGUUGCAGUGUCUUUUUUGGAAUACUUUGUAUUUGUAAACCGUAGUAAAGUAAUGCAAUUGCUGAUAGAAGCUCUUGAUGUCUAUCUUUUAGGAACUGUGAUGUUGGUCUUUGGAAUGGGACUCUAUGAGCUCUUUGUCAGUAAUCUUGAUAGUGCAAGCUCUCUGCCAGAUCAAAAUCCUUCUGAUAGAUCCAAUCUAUUUGGCUUAUUUACUUUGAAGGAACGUCCAAAAUGGUUGGAUAUAAAAACAGUGAAUGAACUGAAAACCAAGGUUGGUCAUGUUAUAGUGAUGCUGCUUUUGAUUGGUUUGUUUGACAGAGGUAAGAAGGCUACUAUACAAACUCCUGUGGAUUUGCUUUGCUUCUGUGCUUCUGUCUUUCUUUCUUCUAGUUGUCUCUUUUUGCUAUCCAAGCUCAAUGAAUCUAAUUAAACUUUGGAUACAUGUUUAAAUGUCAUCACUCUCACCCAUGAGAAUGUAAGGAUAAGAAGUGACAUUUACUUUUAUUCUGUAUAUAUAUUAGGAUGAAAUAUAAUGUAUAUGUCUUAGUAUCUUCA